AUGGCCGGGGAUCAGCGGCAGCAGGAGCGCACCCAGGUGGGGGACCUCCCGGAGGUCUGCCUGGCGCACGCCAUCGCGCUCACCUCCCCGCGCGACGCCUGCCGCUGCGCCGCGGUCUCCCCGGCCUUCCGCGCCGCCGCGGACUCGGACCACGUCUGGCGCCGCUUCCUCCCGCCGGGCCACCGCGGCGCCUCCGUGUCCGUCCACCCGCCGCAGGGGCAGCAGGCGCCCAAGCCGGCGGGCAGCAAGGACGCCUACCUCCGCCUCUGCGACGCCGGCGCCGCCGUCCCCGUCGGCGAAGGCAGCGGCACGCAGAGGCUGUGGCUGGACCGGGCGAGCGGCGCCAGGUGCUACAUGCUGUCGGCGAGGGCGCUGAGCCUGCCGUGGGACGACGGCGAGUUCAGCUGGAGGUGGACGCUCCACCCGCUCUCCAGGUUCGGGGACGUGGCCGAGCUGGUCGAGUGCACGUCCCUGGACAUCUACGCCCGGCUCCCGGCCGCCGAGCUCACGCCGGCGACCACCUACGCCGCGUACCUUGUCUACGGCGUCGCGGAGGGGCACCGCGGCCUGAGCUACCCGGACCAGGAGACGACGGUGGCCCUGGGCGGGGCCCGCGUGGCGCCGGCGCGCCACGCCGUGUGCCUCCACCCCGACGACGCCGAGGCGCGCAAGUUCAGGGCCGUGUCCCGCGGCACCGGCGACGAGGAUCCGAGGCGGCCGAGGCUGCGGGAGGACGGGUGGUCGGAGAUGGAGAUGGGGCGGCUGAGCACGCCCGGCAACGGCGGGCGGCAGGCCGCGGGCGAGGAGGUGGUGGUGAGCUUCGAGGUGCUGGGGUGGUACCCGAAGCGCGGGCUCAUUCUCGAGGGAAUCGAGUUUAGGCCCGUCAACUGAUUUGGGCCUUAUUAACUUCUUGUCUUUGUGUGCCAACCUUCCACGCUUGAUUGAAGGGAAACUCGGAGCUAUAUGCACCUGAUUAAUUUGGCAAACAGGUAUCAUGCUGUGGUUCACACAAUAGUAAAAUCAGUGGUAUUUUCAGGA